GCUUACUUACGUUUCGACCUUUAACUUACACGCGAAAUUUUAUUUUCACAUUUUGCGUUGAGAACGGCAACUUUAACUUUGUAUUGAAACAUGUCCCCACCCAUCCAUUUUUUGUGAAGUAACGUUUUCAGUUACUUGCAUCUAGACGACGCUAUUUGCGCUAAGUGUGGACUGCGAGCUACCUGGCCAACUCUGUAGAUAUGCUCACUGCUGUGCGGCGUAUGCUGUCCACACUGGUUUCUCCAUUGUGGAGAACAGUUGAAGUAGAUGAAGAGGGCAUUUUCUCCGGUGCACCAGGCAUGGAGGAUAUUCGCCACUUUCGGGGCGGUGUGGUAACCCAACUGUGCCUGGACUAUGGCAUGAUAGAUGAAGCAGUUUACUUCACUAGUGCAGAAGUAUUGGGCGGGAUGCCAGUGAAAGAAGGGGACCUAGUGAACUGCAUAGCAGUACGAGAUGGUGCACAAGGGGGAUGGAAAGCUUUAAGGGUGGAGAAGAGUGCUGAUGCUUGGGAGGUUGAAGGAUGCACCUCCCUAGAAGCUGACAGUAUGCAGCUGCGGCCUCUCAUUGGCACAGUCACAUCAUUUGAUGGAGAUGGUGGCUACAUUAACCAGACCACUUACUUCCCACGCUACAGUCUUUGGGAAGGUUAUGAGCCAAUGAAAGGAGACUGGGUCCAAGCAAAAUAUUUUAUCAAUCCUACCCAAUGGACCACCCAGGCUCAGUCUGUGGCCCCCUUACGCUAUUGCCGUCUAGACCAGGUGUGUGUGACCAGCAUGUAUGGUAACAAUGGUGUGGUGGCGGACAGCGUGUUCUUUAGCCUGGACUCUCUGCUGCUGCCUGCCCACUACCAGCCUUUGCCAGGGCACCUGGUCAACCUGGUAAUGGUGGAGAGCAGUCAGUCCUUCUACUGUUGGAGGGCCCUGUGCAUGGCACCCUGCCUUAAGGGUGCAAAUUUUGCUGCUACACAUCUACCAGAGGCUGAACUCCAGAGCAUCUUCGAAAACAAAGGGGGGCUUGAUGUAACAGACUAUGGUCAGUUUGGGGAUCUGAUGAUUGGGGAUAGACAAGAGCUGGUGCUGUGGAUACAGAAUAAAGGUUCAAAGACCCAUAGGCUGAAGUACUGUGACUUUGCUGGCUGGGACUCAGAGGAACAGUUCACCCUGGUUACUGUCAAAGGGUCCACACCACUGAGACAGAAACAACAGCCUUUGCAAGAAAGCUGUUCAGUGUCUGGGUCUGCUCUUGAGCCUUCAGAGAAACAAGUCAGUGAUACAAAAGAGGCGGACAAAGAAAAUGGCAAGGAACUGAAGGAGACUCUCCAUUCCUCUGGUCUGAGAAGCGAAGAGACUGAGGUGGAUAUUCAACCAGGAGAGAGGCUGUCUAUUGUAGUAGGCUGUCAAGCAAAGAGCCUGGGAAGCUGUGCUGAGCUGCUACUGCUGCACUUCUCCUGUUUCGUCAUCGGGAGGCGCCUGGAGGUCACAGUGGGUAGUGAAGAAGAGAACCUCCUGCAGCCCUCUGUGCCCUACAGUCCCAGUGAUGCCCGGCCAGUCUCAACAGUACCCAGCCAUGUGAUCACCGUCUCUGCUCCAAAAGAUGCACCUAGGCUUACUAAGCGGCGUCUGCCAAGCUUCCUACAUGCCUACCCGGUGCCUCAGGCCCUAAGAGACUGUGUGGAGGCAAAUAAUGAUGUGCUGGUAGUGCAGCCCUGCCUAGGAGAGGUGCUGUCACUAUCCAACACUCAUUUACGAUUUUCAGCCCUACUCUGGCUGGAGGAGCUGCAUGCAGAGAGAGAACUGAAAGAAUUCACCAUCAACGGGGCCAUUUUAAGGAAAGGAGCUGUCUACCUGCACCUAGAGGUCCUCGGCUUGGCUGAGGGUAGACCCAAUCUCAGUAUAGGUGACAGAAUAGUAUUGAAGAAACCACGGAGUGACGGUGUGGUAAUGGAGUAUGUUAGUUAUGUCACAGAGAUCAAUGAUGAGAACGUGAGUUUGAGAGUGAACGCAGAGUUUCAGCGCAGCUAUGUCGGAGAGCCGCUCGAUGUGGAGUUCUCUUACAACAGGUUGACCAUGAGGCGGUGUCACCACGGACUUGACCAAACAAAACAGUUUGGGGACGUUCUUUUCCCCUCUAGAGUGACUUCACAGAAGCCUCAGUGGACAGGAAAGUGGAUAGAGGAGGCAGAACAAAAUAAAACAAUGGUGGAAAUGGAGGCUCCAGCCAGGGAAAAUGGAAAGGUGUCGAGCAUUUCAGUUGACAUGAAGUCAAAGGCAACACAGACGAAAGAUGGUAGGCUGCCAUCCAAACCCAUCCCCAGCCCUGGCCACUUCUUUAACCCCAACCUCAACCCCCCUCAGAGAGAGGCAGUGAAGAGGAUCUUGGCUGGAGAGAGUCGACCCACCCCUUAUGUGCUGUUUGGACCCCCAGGCACUGGAAAGACCAUCACCCUUAUAGAGGCCAUACUGCAGGUGUACCACUUUCUGCCCAGUAGUCGGGUACUUGUAUGUACUCCUUCCAACAGUGCUGCUGACCUCAUCUGCAUCCGUCUACAUCACAGUGGCUUCCUGCAUACUGCAAGUUUGGCCCGUGUCAACGCAUCUUGUAGGCAGGACGAGUUCAUCCCAGAAGUGCUGAGACCAUACUCGAGGGCAGGAGAGGACAUUCGUCAUGCCUCUUUUCACAGGAUUGUGGUCAGCACCUGCUCCAGCGCUGGCAUGUUCUAUAACAUAGGACUACAAGUGGGCCAUUUUACCCAUCUGUUCCUGGAUGAAGCAGGCCAGGCCACAGAGCCAGAGUGCCUGAUCCCCAUAAGCCUUGUGUCAGAGAGAGAUGGACAGAUAGUGUUGGCCGGAGACCCCUGUCAGUUGGGUCCAAUAGUGAAGUCCAAGCUAGCCUCUGCCUUUGGCUUGGGGGUGUCUUUGUUGGAGAGACUUAUGGCCAACCCGCUGUACUCCAGACAAGAGUGGGGAUACAACCCUAAGCUGGUAACUAAGCUGAUCUACAACUACCGUUCACAUGAGGCCUUGAUCACGCUGCCCUCCAAGCUCUUCUACCAGGGAGAACUGUGUUUUAAAGCUCCCAGGGCUGUAGUGGACUCCCUCUGCCAGUGGAAAAACCUGCCCAAAAAAGGCUUCCCUCUCCUCUUUCAUGGUGUCAGGGGCACAGAAAUGAGGGAAGGUAACAACCCAUCAUGGUUCAACCCAGUGGAGGCUGUACAGGUCAUGCUCUACUGCUGCCAGCUGGCAAAGAAGCUCUACAACCCUGUGGAUGCCUUUGACAUCGGCAUCAUUGCCCCCUACAAAAAACAAUGUGAGAAGAUUCGUGUGCUGCUGGGUAAAGUAGGCUUAUCUGACAUUAAAGUGGGAUCUGUGGAGGAGUUCCAAGGACAAGAGUUCCUGGUCAUCAUCAUCUCUACGGUACGCUCUAAUGAAUCAGUACACAGUGACGAUUUGCAGAGUGUGCUUGGCUUUCUGGCCAACCCCAAACGCUUCAAUGUGGCCAUCACUCGCUCUAAAGCCAUGCUAAUAAUUGUUGGAAACCCUCAUAUUCUCAUUAGGGACCCGUGCUUCAGGGCUCUACUGCAGUACUGCUACAUCAAUGGGGCAUAUCUGGGCUGCGACCCUCCUCCCUCCCUAAGAGACUCUCACAUAGGUGCAGAGGAGCAAAGGAGUACAUAAGAGGACGAUGCAAUCAUGGAUGUUGUACCUCAGCUCUGACAACCUGACUUAUUGUGUUCAAAGUUUGUUUUUUUUCCCCCCCUUCACAUUUCUUUGGCUCGUCUCUAAGUUGACUGUUCACAAAGUGAGCUGUAGCUGCCCUAAUCGUUGCUAACUGAAUUGGUUUGAAAACAGAAAUUUCAUGUUUCUGUGAGAGCCAAAUCCAGUCCCACUCGGGGGUAGAGAGAAAGAUGACGCUAGCGUACGCUGCACAAUUAUUUCUUUGUCCUGUGUUUAUUACGCUGAUGUGCUUGACUGUGCAUAAGAUUUUCAAUUAAACUGUUUCAGAUUCUGGGUAAA